AUGGAUUGGAUUCAUGAAGAGAAAAUUGGUGUGCGGACGUUCGGAUUGAGCUAAAAUAAGGUGAGUCCAGGGGUCAAAUGGGCGAAAACGUCUAAAAAUUUCUGUAAUUUCGGUUUUUCCUUGUAUCCGUCUUUUUAAUGCCUCAUUCCAGAUAUCCAUUGGUUGUUCGAUAAUUUCCAAGACGAUAUUGAUGUCAUGAAUAAUCUUCAGGCCAAGGAAAUCAUUGCUGAGGCUCGUUACUCCAAAAAUCGAGGCAAACAUUGCAAAGAUUUCGGUCGGAAAUGGAGUCCUGAUGUAAAAACAAAUUUGAUGGUGAAGAUGUUGAUGGAAUGGAAUGUCUGGGUGGUCGAUGAUCCUCCCCCUUUUCUUUACGAACGGUUUGAAGUCGUUUGA